CAUAAGUAUUGAUGCGCCUCGACAGCGUCGGCGCCGGCGCAUCCUAUCUAGCUCUACAACCGUCUUUUUGGAACCCCAUUAAUUCAAUAUUGUAAUCCAAUGGCAGAUUUAACUAUCCGUAACCUCACAAUCACUCCGCUAGAGCUUAAGCUCGUGGAGCGGUUUGAAGGACAACCCUCAUCCGGUCGUCAUACCCCCGUCGGUAACAUCACGAGCAAGAUUACUGGUAUUUUCAACUCUACAUCCAUUGCGUCUCAUGUCCGCAUCCAGGGCGAGGCUAAGGACCGCCGUGAUGUUUCUAUCACUAUCGGAUGCUUUGAGACCCGAGUUACGGAUGUUCGCACGCCCGACCCGGGCCGAGAAGUCAUUCGCUUGACUUUCGAGUCUGAAGGGCACCGAUAUCAAGUAGACGUGCCGAGUGCUUCACAGCGCAGCACGGUCAUGACGAAGCUAGAUGGUGCUCUCAACGAAUACACAACUAUCUACGUACAGGCCAGCAGUUGUCUUGCCAUAUUCAGCUCCACCAAUCUUUCGAGUUGGAUGCGCGAGUUGCGCGACGAAUACCCUUUAUCGGCUCUGUCCAUACCGGGUACACACAACAGUCCGACUUGCCAUGUCGCACUACCUUCAGUCCGAUGCCAAGCGGUCAAUGUGCGUGAACAGCUAGAGAACGGUGUGCGGUUCUUCGAUAUCCGCGUAAACGUCAGCACAGAUUCUUCGGAACUGGCACUUGUGCAUAGCGCGUUCCCUAUCUCACUAACGGGGAGCAAAUACUUUAAGGAUAUGCUAGAUGUUAUUUACUCCUUCUUAGACGCCAAUCCGUCUGAGGCUCUUAUUAUGAGUGUGAAGCGCGAAGGUACUGGUAAAGGCACCGACCAGCAGCUGUCCAAGAUCCUCAAGGAGCGGUUCUACGAGGAUGGAAAACGAUGGUACACAGAACCGCGCAUUCCAAAGAUUAGCGAAGUACGAGGUAAAAUUGUGCUACUUAGGCGGCACCAUAACGACCCAAGCCUGAAUGGCGAAUGGGGAGGUCGAGGAUGGGCGCUCGACGGUAGUGUCUGGCCGGACAACUGUGAAAAUGGACUACUCGGAAGUGGCAUUGCUCGUAUACAAGAUUUUUACGAGGUUGACCAGAAUAAGAACAUUCAAGCCAAAAUCGAAUUCGCGCGAGAGCAUCUUGAACGGGCAGCCGAGCCAGUGUGCCCCCUUCCAGGACGUGAAGGCUAUAAGGAGAACGCACCGGCUCAGCCUUUCUACGUGAACUUUUUAAGUGCCAGCAAUUUCUUCAAUACUAACUGUUGGCCCGAGAAGAUUGCGGCCAAGGCAAACCCAGCCAUCAUCGAGUAUCUAUGUUUACGACACGGGGCUGAUGGCAAGGGGCCGAAAGGCCUGAAGGUGGGUGACGGGAGCACUGGUGUGGUCGUUACGGAUUGGGUUGGUCAAGAUGGCGACUGGGACCUCAUAAGAUGCAUUGUCGGUUGGAACGCAAGAUUGCAAUUAAAACAAUAAUAGCCUUUGGUCUCAACCAUACCCCCUCAGUGGCUUUCUUGGGUUUGACAACCGAUGUGUUUUGAGAACCCAAUCCACACUUGGGGAGAAUACCUGGAGAAUACCUAUAUAUAGAUAGAAUAGAAUAGACUUGGAUAUUAAUUAUUCGGAUGUCAUAGAGAGCUUACCUAAUUAUGGUAGUAUAAAUGAAAUCGUCUAUAAUAACGAAACUUCUUUUCCUUUCUUCUUUUAAUAUUUGAGUUAGUAGGUCCGAAGCACUAAAUUAACAAUUAACAACCAUUUUCUUUUAGCUUGGUCUGAAAUAAAACGAGAAUGAUAAUUCUUAUCGUCGAGACGAUAUGCGUUAUUUUAUAUCAAAUUAUAUGAAAUAGAGCCGAAAUGGUAGAAUAAUCACUGAGAGGAAGCUUACCUAUGAUGUCCUGUAGCG